GUAGGUAAAGAAUAAUUUACCAUUUAGGACUAACCGUAAUCUGUCACACCUGAUUAUAAUGUUCCAGCGCUCCAGAAGCAGGAAUUGGCACCUAAGCAGUAGCCUGCCUAUUUUUAAAUGUGCGGAUCACGGGUUCAUAACCCUUGUCCUCGUGACCCCCUGUCCUGUAUCGGUAUUUCUUACCCCAAAACAUUUUGUCCUACACUGAUAAUUGGAUCAGGGUUGUUGACGUAGAAAACAAAUGUGUAGGGCAGGAGGUUGGAGGAUUCGCUGUCUAAAACAGACAGUUAAGUGAAACAUUAGUAGCGGUAUCAUAAUGCGAACGAUAUUCAACCAAGUUAAGCAUUAGUAGCAGCAGAGAACUAUUUAUAUUCAUCGUCUCUCACGAGAAAACGGCUUUAAUACAUAUAAGCAAAGUAGGCAGCCCCCGGCAAAAUUUGUUUCCUGGUGUGGGCAUGAGCGUUAAGCGUAAUGGCGGAAGAACCAAUGAGAACGACGAGGGGCGUUCAUUUCGGGGGCGUUCCUCUUUUUAUGAGAACGCCCCUCACUGCAAUUGGACCCUUCUCCUUUGAAAAGCGGCGCGGCGGAUACAAGAUGGCGGAGCUGGAACAGUUGCCUGACGAAAGUUCCUCAGCUAAAGCUCUUGUGAGCCUGAAAGAAGGAAGUCUGGCAAAUUCAUGGAAUGAGAAGUACAGUGUAGUAAGACCCCAGAACUCCAGGGGGAGGGGUACCUGCUCCCCAAUGGAGAUGCCAAGAAGCUCAAAAAAGAGCCGUUUGGUCUAUGAGGAGGACAGCAGACAGGCGGUCAGCUUCCUGUCUCCUCGAAGAAGCCAGCGGGUGACCACUGUACCUCAGAAGUUUGCGAGUGUUCCAGCACCAGACAAGAAGGCCUCACAGAAGAUCGGUCUGAGGUUGAGGAACCUCUUGAAACUCCCCAAGGCCCACAAGUGGUGUAUUUAUGAGUGGUUUUACUCGGACGUCGACAAGCCCUUGUUUGAAGGCGACAAUGACUUCUGUCUUUGUCUGAAGGAAUCUUUCCCGAACCUGAAAACGAGGAAGUUGACCCGGGUGGGAUGGGAAACGAUAAGGAGGCUGAUGGGGAAGCCGAGACGGUGUUCAUCCGCUUUCUUCACAGAGGAGCGAUCAUUGCUGAAUGAGAAGAGACAGAAAAUCCGCCUGCUGCAGCAGAGGAAGCUGACGGACGUGUCGCACUGCAAAGACCUGCCAGAGAACAUCCCUCUGCCUUUGGUCAUCGGCACGAAAGUCACUGCCCGCCUAAGGGGAGUUCAUGACGGCCUGUUCACUGGACAGAUCGAUGCUGUGGACACCAGUGCGGCCACUUACAGGGUGACCUUCGACAGAAACGGUCUAGGGACGCACACUGUGCCUGACUACGAGCUUCUCAGCAACGAGCCCCACGAAACGAUGCCCAUCUCGGCCUUCGUGCUCAAACAGCGGCCCAAUCAUCUCCAGGGUCUUCUGACCCCGCCUCGUGUGUCGUACUCCCCGCCAGUCGAGCCAGUUGUCUUGGAUGGUGACCCGCUAUUGGGCCAGUCGCCAUGGAAGAAUAAGCUGUUUGCUGCCGAAGGGGAAACGCUGGGCGGCUUCCCUGUCAAUUUCCUUGUGCAAGUGACAAGGCUGUCAAAGAUCCUGAUGGUCAAGAAGGAAAACAUUAGACAGUUAAAGGACAUGAAUGCAGAGGCUGAGAAACUGAAAUCUUGCUCCAUGUCUAUAGGGUUUGAGUUCCAAAAGAGAUAUGCCACUGUUGUUUUGGACCUGGAGCGGCUCAACAAAGAUCUGAGUGAAGUCCUGCACGAAGUGCAGCAGUACUGUUGCGAGUUGGCCCCAGAGCAGGGCAUGCAGCCAGCCAACCUUCCGACCGACCUGCGACGACGCUGUGAGGAUGAGGCCCGCGAAACAGUCCGGCAGGCUCUCCACGACAGCCAGCGCCGCGUCCGCAGCCAGAGCCUGACCGACCUGAUUUCUGGGCUCACCGCGCUCCUCCUGCAGAUAAAGGGUCUGGCAGAGGGAAACGACUUUAAUUCUUUUGAAUUUAAGUCAUUGUCUGACUCCCUGAGUGACAUCAAGGGCUCUAUAGAUGGUUCCAACCUGAGCUGUUUUCAGAAUAAUGUUGAGAUUCACAUAGCUCACAUUCAGAGCGGCCUGAGUCAGAUGGGGAAUCUUCACGCCUUUGCUGCCAACAACACUAACAAAGUGUGAUGUUUCGCUACUAUCUUCUGCAUCGUAAGGAAAACUGCUGUCUGCAGAGAGCUGCCGGUCGGUCGUCAAGGCAGUUCCCAUCCAAAGGACUUCAUGAAAUGCUUGUCCUGUAUCCACAAGAUUCCAUGUCACUUUUUUUGAGCCGAAUUUUUGUUCCCUUGCCAGUUGUGUACUGAUUUUUAACAUUCAUGGUGGUGUUGAUGCAGGCUGUGCAGUCCUGGUGGGUUUUCAAUAUUUCUCCAACAGCUUCUCAUUUUCUUUGUCACUUGUUUUGUGUUCAGUAAGCAUUUCCUGCUUUUAGUAAUGCAAUGCCUAAAACCGAAAAUGUUCCAGGGCUGAAUUUUGGUAAAAUCACAACUUGCAUGUUAACUUUCAGGUGCAGACAAUGUAUCCGCUUUUAGUACAUGUACUGGUAAGUACAUUAGACUUUAACUACCUCAGGCUCUUCUGAAUAGAUGCGUGUACCGCCCAAUAUUGCUUACAUUUUCUGCCACCAGUUCCUUCAUUACAAAAUGUUUUGUGCCAAAAAGGGGCUGUAUCUGUGUGGUAUUUCUAGAGGCAUGUUACAGGAAGUGACAUCUGUUUGACACACUAAUUGUCGGAAUUUGCAGAAACAUGCUCACCUAGAAGGACAUCUUGUCAUUUAUGAAAUGCAAGUAUAAGGACAUUUUUAAUUUUGUUGAUUGGCUAGAAAUGAAGGGUUUUUUGUAUAUACUGUACAGUUUUAAAAACGUUUCUGCUUUUAUUGUAGUAUAUUGGGAUGCCUUAACGGCAUCUUUUGUACUUUCAUGUAAAUACUUUAACAUUUGUGUACGAGUCAAUAUUUUUCUAAAGCUGACUUGUGACUAUCUUGACGGACACGAAUGAUAUCCAACAUAACCUAUCCAUGGAUACCUCCCCUUUCUCUUCUGUAAAUGACGUCAUUAUGUAGCUAGUGCGUUAUUCUCCGAAGUAAAGUGUGUAUUUCAAGGCAAAAGUAAAAUGUCCUUCGAAAGGAAUGCUGGUGCCGUAAACCGAAACGAAUGGUUUCCGUUUGUAAAUAUUUGUUGUUUUUGCUUGGGGGGGGGGGGAAUAAAUUAUUGAUUUGAUAA